GCCUCAGAGCACGGCUGGCUGGCGGAAAGUAGCUGCGGUGUCCUGGCAAAAUAUCUGUCCAAAAACGUUCACAAAAACUGUCCCGGAAAGUUAGGUGUAACUAAAAGGACACCUGCAUACUGAUGUGAUGUCUGAGAGAUUUGGCAGUUGCUCAGGAGAGCAAGAACACCCACUGCAGCAUCAUACAGCAGUACACCAUGUAAGUUAGUGGCACUUCAUUGUGCAGAAAGCAUUCUGGACUGAAGAGAUGAACUGAAUCAGCGUGACGAGGGAAGAGCUGGCCAGUACUGUUGGAUGAGAACUGAUGGGCUGUCUAAGCUGGCAAUAGCAUGCCAACUAUUAAAGGUAAAGGUGGUUCAACGUCCCAUCGCUACCGGCCUGCCUCAGAGUAUGAUGAUGCCACCCUCGCCCAAAAGAGAGAAUACUGGAGAACCAAGAAACGAGAGCAGAGGGCCCGACUGUCAGAGCGUAGAGGACAGCCAACUCAAGACAGUCCAGAAAAACUCCCACAUCUAAAUGCCACUGCAGUGGUGAAUUCCAGUUUAUCCGGUUCAUUUGCUGCUUCUUCUUCUCCUUUGCAGAGUAAUGAUGACUCAUACAAAACAGCCAAUGUCUGUCUUACAUCACAAAGUGGAAAUACAGUGGGGGACAGCUCAGUUGAAGCCACUGAGAGCCAAAAAGAGAAGUGGCUCCAGACGAUGAAACCCAAAGUCUUGCCUCAGUUGUCAGCGUCAUGUUCUAUGUCAGCCAAAGCUGUUGGGGACGACACAGCCACAGUGAAAUGCAUAAAAGGAAGGGGUGCUGUGGGCAGAACUGUUUCCUCACUCACACCCAGUGGAACCCAGAUGAAUACCAGUUCCUCAGUGCCUCCAGUCAGAGUGACCAGAAUUACCAAUGGCAGCUCCACUAAAGCAACACCUCAGCCAUGCGUGUCUAUGCAGGGUGCAUCAGUCCCCAAAACGCAACAUAAGGCACACGUUGCAUUGCGCAUUCAGCCCAAACACCUACACACCAAUGUGACCACAGGUACGAUUCUUGUGUCUUCUCCAUGUGGCUCCAUGUCUAUUAAAACAGAAGACAAAGCAGCAAACACAACACCUCACAUUGGAAUAAAGAGUGCCUUGGUCACUACACAGAGGGCUAAAGGUGUUGGCAACUCACAACCUUCACUGGAGUCUGAGGAGGAUAGGGCAGCCAGGCGCAGAGAGCACUGGAGGAUCAAAAAGCGAGAGCAGAGAGCAAAGACAGCAGCACAGCUAGCUAAAGCCAGAGAGAGGACACAGAGCGCAGAAGUGACAUUAGAGAGGCAAACAGCACAAAAAACUGGCCUCUUGGAUGGCGCUGGUCUUCCACAUCUACCAUCUCAGUCGUUUUUGAGAGGAGCAGGCCAGAAGCAGUGGCCAACUCAGGUCAAGACUUCAUUUACAUCUGCCAAGAGAGAGAAUUAUAAACUGCAAAGAGGGGUAGCAAAUGUACCUACAGGUAACCAGCAAGCCGAUCAGAUAAGAGUACAAAAUCCGCAUGGGUAUAAACCAACACAAACAACAUUCAUAUCAGAUGUUAGUCCUGAGAAAAAGCCAGGAGAAUCAUUGAGAAAGCUUCCAAGUUAUGUACAUCUUUCCAAUGUUACCCGAGGGAUCGCCAGAUGUAAAACACCUAGACAGAGGUUCAUUGAAGCCCAGAGGAAUUUCAUGAAUCAAAGAAACAUAAGAGGAAGAUCCCUGUCGCUUGCGUCACUCUUCUGUACCAGAAAUAUCCCCAAAAUUGACCCCAAUGACACACCUGAGCAGAUAAUAGCCAAACGGCGAGAAUACUGGCGGAUUAAAAAGCGUGAACAGCGAGCUAAGCUGUCAAUGGAGGUGAAGGCUCGGUUGAAGGAGAAAGACUCUCUGAUGCGAAGAGUGAAACGUUACCAGAAGAUCCUAGAGGAGAUGAGGAGGGCUAGAGCGCUGACCCAGUCAGCAGGAAGCACCCUUACCCACGCCUCUGAGACCAUUGGAGGGUUCAUCAAAGAGGACGGGACAGUGACCAUUAACAUUCCCCAGAUUUCGGUGGAUCACAACACAGCAGCACACAAAAGUGAAGAAGAGCUUCAUGUUGUUUCUAAUAAUACCCCCAUCACACAACCUCAACAUCAGCCUGACAUUAAACAGAGAGGUAUUGCACCCAUUCGUGUAAAGCAGCCUCCCCCUCCACUCCGCCCCGCUCAGGUGAAAGUCUGUUUUCCACUUGCUGGACAGUCGGUCAGCAAGACUCCAAGACUACUUUCAAUCAGACCAAGGCCUCAACUCAAAAGCACAACUGCAACUGUUCCAAAGUCACACCCACAAGCAGUCCAAACUGUCAGUCAGCUCACACUCACUCAUCCUCAAGCCCCUCAAAAUGCUGUUUCUGGAGGACCAUCAGCAGGGUUGAACCUUGGUGGCUGUGUCAUGAAAAUGGCUGUCUCAAGCAGUGCACCAUCACUAUCAGCGCUUACUUUUGAUCCAGAGAUGACGGAGGAAGAAAGGAUGGCAAAGAAGCGGGAGUACUGGAGGGUGAAGAAGCGUGAGCAGCGAGCAGCUCGUGCUGCCCGACUGAAGCAGGGUGUCUUACAAGCAAGGGCCAAUGCAGCCUUACAAAGGAGGAAGGCCCAGAGACAAGUAGCAGUAACCACUGUACCACUGAGCAGAAGUCCUGCUAAGCAAACAGUAAAUGCACAACCUCUCUCCGACAUCAGAGUGCCUGUUACGCCAAAUGCAAAUGAGAUAAAACAAGAGAGUGAGUCUAUGCCAGCAGUUGACCUAAAUUCUCAACCAGAACAAGCCAUCUGUCCAGAUAUCAAACCCCCAGCGUCCCCACUACCACCACCACCUCCACCUCCAGCGCCUCAGCCAGAGCCUGACCCAGCUCUGAGUGCAGACAGCCAAGCUACCACUCUGCUAGCUGUGGCAUCUAUGAAGAAACUCCUGGAGGAAUCACUUAGCACAGUGACGGAUUGUAAUAGUGAGCAGACUGACAUUAAAGUGGAGACAAUGGAAGAGGCCUCAGAACAAGAGAUGAAGCCAAAUUUACCCCAGCUCUUUUUUGAAAGUGAUGAGGUGGCUCCUGUUGCUGCUGACCUGACGUUGCAGAUAAAAAGUUGGCAGGCAGAUACUGAUACCUUGGCAGAAGCAGGUUCCCUAAGCCCUCAUCUGAAGGACUCAUCCCAGACACUUCCAUCUCUUUCUACCUCUGAUGAGGUAGUCAUGCAUCCCACCUGUGAGCAUUCAUCCCAAACCCCUUCGAACUUCAUCAUAAACCCCACAAUGGAAGCCUCUGAUGGUCCAUCUUCACCACGCAGAGCCCAGAGGCUUCGUACCAAAAAAGCAGACCAUCAGAAAUGCUGCUCCCCAGAGCCUCCAAAACUGCAUCACAUACCCAUGGACCAAAUGCAUCCACAGCAACAACACUGUGAGCAACAGUGUCAGGCACAAGAGCAAGGCCAAGACAGCAGCUCAGCAUCAGCACAAAGGUAUCACAGCAUGGUGAUGGAGCAGAGUGGCCUGACCAGCCUACAGAAGAAGAGGGAGUAUUGGAAGCUGAUGAAGAGGCAGCAAAGGGCUCGGUUAAAGGCCAGGCAGAAAGAGAGACCAGGAGAAUGCAGCAAUCGGCUUUCCCAGAGAAACAUCCAGGCACCAGGUCUGGUUAUUAUCAACACUGUUAAGGGUGUAAAUCCUGCAGCAAAACCAGUCCUUCAGCCCAAGCCGUCCAUUGCUUCCCUUACUGCAGUGACCAGCAUCCCUACUGUCCUGGUGGUUAGCCCUACAACUUGUAAUGCUGAGCAGUCACCUGACACACUCCAGGUGAAACUGCCCGUCACCAGUGUCUCCUGUUCACCCAACAGUGAGAAGAACGACAUGAAUUUUGGGCCAUCACAGAUCGUGUCUGACUGUGUAGGAGCUCCCGAGAAUAAGCCACAAGCCAUACUAGCUUCACGAAAAUGGAUGUCUAGAAGCACAGAUGUAGACCCAGCCCCCUCCCUCCCUACCCUGAUGCCCCCAGACAACCCUCUGUCCAGCAUCAACCUACAACCCUUCGAACCCCCUGGUCAAAUUCCAAAUUCCUCCCUCAGUCCAAUCAAAAUCUCUCAGAGCCCCAAACAUUUAGUACAACCUCUCACCAAGCUGGCACCAUUAAGCACAAUGGUUCCUCCAAAACUUAUCCCAGGGGAGUCUGAGGAGGACUUUCUGAGGAGGAAGCGGGAGUACUGGAGGAUAAAAAAGAAGGAGCAGAGAGCCAGGAAGGCCAUUCGGGAUAGAGGAAUCACCCCAAGGAGAGCCUCCAACAACUGGAGGCCCAUCCUACCUGCCCAGGACCUACAGACACAGGAUUCUGGUCAGUGGGUGAACUCCUCUGAGGAGUCAGAACAUCUAUUGAGCAAUUCAGUAGACACUGAGGCGGCAUCCUUUUCAUAUCCAGAUUACAUAACACCAGUAGAAGAUGAGUCAGUGCUUCUGUUCACUGACUAUGAGAACAAUAACGGUGAGGAAGGUUCUGUCUCGGAGGCCGUGUGGAGGAACCGCUACCUCAUGGACUAUGAUCCGCUCAACCAGCUGCUUGUGUGCAUGGUGUGUGGGGAGCUGCAGUACUCCCACAGCCUGGAGGGAGUGAGGGCCCACAUCGACGAGGCCCACCCGGACACCUUGACCCUGGAGCCCGGGGAGCGACAGAGAAUACUGGAGGCCUGGGAUGAGCAGGUGUCCCAGCGGGAACGCUUCUUCACCAGCCAGCUCCAGCAGCAUGGCGGGGCCCUGGCAGAAGCACACAGGAACUGAACAGCAGAGAUGAGGACUGCAGGAGACAAGUAAAGAUCACAGACCAGGAGAAAAGGCCCACACUUAAUUUGUCUUAUUUAUUGUAUUGUUCUUUCUAAAUCAUUUGUUUAUGUUCAUAGAAAGUCACUUUGAAAGUGAAUGCUGCACAAGGAACAUUCACCCCAAAAACAGCUUUACCUCAUUUCCUACCAGGGUUGUAAUUUGGGUUUUUGGAAGCCAGUAUGGACAUUUUUAUAUUGAAGCUGCCACAACUGAGAUUUUGUGACAAUAUUUAAAUAUUUAAAGAAACAGUCCAACAGUCUGAUAAAUACAGUGCUAAGCUAGGCUAAAUGCAUGGGCCUAUCUUUGUACUGGACACAGAUGAAACUGUUUUUAAAAGUUCUCAAUACUUUUGCUGUAUUUCCCAAAAUGUUCAAUUGUUCUUUAAAAUUUGGCUAUUUUAAGCCUCAACCACUGUAUACAUUCAAUGUUUCCAGUAUACUCCACAUAUUCCAAUUUGAUAUGAAUUCUAAAAUGGCAUUCAGGCCCUCAUAGAACAAAAAAAAAAUCCUUCCUUUAAAGCCAGACUAUGUAACUUUUCAAAGCUCCUCUUAAGUCAAGUGCUUUAAAUACAUCACCAUCAUCUUAAAUUAUGUAUAAUUAUAUUUGUUGAGGUAAAACCAUGGAAAUGUUUAUUGGUGUCAUGCUAAAACCUAGCCUUAUUACUUUUGGCCUGUUAUCCACAGUGAUGUGCAGAGCCUUGAGGUCACACAUGGGGCUAACGUAACGUAGCAUAAUGUAGCAUAAGUAGAAAAGAGCCAUAAAGUCAGCAAACUGACUCCAUAAUGUCAGUUACACAGCAAUAUCUACCUAAGUUUUGCUAACAUUAGCUAACAUUAGCCCCAGUAAGCUACCGGUCAUACCAGACCAAGUAAGAGUGUAGCAGCAAAACCUCUGAGAGUAUUGAAUUGAAUAGUGAGUGUGAUUUAUUGCCUUGAAUUCUAGUUUUUAUUUGUAAGAGGACUGUGUUAUUUCCUCUUCCAAAAGUUCCAUAGUCUCGCUUUAUGACCAAUAAACAGUUAUUAGCAGGUGUAGCGCACGCUGCAGCCAGUAAUAAACCUUACCUAUUCAGAGAUAAGCAAACUGUGGGAUACAUGAGUGCUUUCAAAUGAAGAACUUAAUAUACAUUAAACACUGCCAAACUAUUCAACAAAUAAAUAAUUUGGGUAAAAAGUAAUGAAAAGGCAACAUAAUAUAUAUCUGUAGCUGUGGUCAGAAUCAUGCUCAGCUAAGCAGCACUGGCAGGUUAAAAUCUGAUAUUUAUGAUACAUUUAGAAGAAAAACCUCAAUAUCAGCCAGCCAUAAGAGAAGGAACUGUGUCUACACCAGUGUGCAAAAUAAAGGGGGUCUUAACAGCUGGGACACCCUGAAAAUCUCAAAAUGAAGUUUUAGGGGGGGUCUCAACCACAACAAUAGUAAUGUUUAUUUUUAUUUAUUAAGUAUCAAAAUCUUUUGAUAGUUUUUAUGAUAACACAUUGAAAAUAUAUUGCAGUCAAAGCAUUUACGGCAUUUGAAUGCAAUUUGCUCCGACUCUGCAUAUUUAAAUGUCCAGUAAAAAAUGUGAAAAGUGAAUGUGAACUAAUUCACAAUAUAUACAAAAUAAAAGUCCUUAAUUUAUCUCCAAGAAAAAGUCUUAAACAGAACUAACAAAUAAACAGUAAAAUAAUGCAACCACCCUUGUUCUUGUAUAGCUACUUGGAUCUAGUGGCUGAUGUAUGCCUGUUCUGUUUUGGGGGGAACUGCCCAUAGCACUGGGACCCCCGCACACUGGUCUACACACAUACACAAGCAGCACAACAAUGAAAGACUGUAGUCAUUUGUAAGAGCUGACAGUUGCUGUUGGUUUUGUAUAAAGUUUUCCUGCUACUUGCAGGCUUGCAUUCAGGUCUGAGACUGUUCUAGACCCUUUUUAGUUAGUAGAUUGUUGCAUGGGCAAGUGAAACAUCUUUUUGUAUGUGGCAUUGCACCAUGCUGUUCUUCAAAGCCUGAACCUUACAUAUAUUCCUCUAUGACAACUUUUUCUAUCAAGACAGCUUUUUUUACACUAACUUUCUCAACUCUGUAAAGAUCUCCUGCAGUUCAUCUUCUGCACUGUAAAUACACAAAAUACUAAAGUGGUUUUGAGAUGCCAAUUUUUUUUCUUUGACUGUGCUGUUUCACAUUUUUGAGCAACUUUAUUUAUUAUUUAUUGAAUCCCCUCUUAUAUAAUAAUUAUUGAUGAUGCAUUAUUCAUAUCACUAGAUAGCUCCAUGUUAGAGAAGUAUCUCAUCUGUGAGUAUUGAGGAUUGAAAGGAUUUCCUGCAUGAGUAGUAAAUGAAUGAACAGUUGUAUAUCAGAGAUGACCUCUGGAAUGCAUUCCAAUGUUUUUUUGUUUUUUUUGUAUGAUUUUCAUCAGGAGUAAAAUGCUGAAAUAUUCUUCAGUUUGAGCACAAUGCUGUGGAGGUCAGUCAUGCUUGGAAAACUGCCUGCACAGUCACAACACAGUGGAAAUAGCUGGAUGUGACUCUGAGAAUGUAAUCUGAUUUGUUUACCAGUUCAAAGGGAAUGUUUAAAUGCCUUUUCAGUAAUAAACCUUUUCUACCUUU